CCGGAUGCAAGCAGUGCCAGUUGGACAGUGGAGCCGAGCGAUUCGUUCCGGUGCAAGCGCUACGAUCCUUCGGGAAAGUGUUCAAGCAGUGUGUGCAUUUUUUUGGCUGUAGCACUUUUGGAGAUAGCAAAGUAGAUCCGCUGCCGUUUUUCGGCAGGUGUCAGUUCAGAAGUGAUUUAUCAUUCAAAGGCCCUUUUACCUGUGCAUGGUGGCCGGAGGGGGACUACGUUUUGGUUUUUUAGGACAAGGCCUCAAUCGAUUCUGGUGCGCCAGCGAAUCGAGUUUGGUCGAAGGAAAUAAGGAAAACGGAACAACACAAAUCUUCAAGCGAGCGUUAAACCAUAUUGUGGUCUGAGGAAUGUAAAGAAGUUGAAAAAAAGCAACAUUCAAGUGAGGGUGACUGAGUGAGUGGUGGAUCGUGGAGAAGAAAAAUCAUUAACCCUAAGCUAACAGCAUGGCACCCCUUGAAGGAGGGUUGGCGAUUGAGGCGAGGGAAAAAAGGUGUUGACGAGUUUCGAUUGUUGUUUAUGUUUUCAUUGCCUGAAUUGUUGAAGAAGAGGAAAUACCAGAGGCAUGAUUCUGAAGGAAAAAGAACAAAAUUUCCCGGAAAAUAUCUCGAAAGUGACGACAAUGGUAUAAUGUGAAUAAUGAAAACCAGAAAGUUAGCAGAACUUGUGGCCUGUCCUACCGGAAACCCAAGCGAAACCAGUAGGCUUUGCCAAUUCGAGCGGAAAAGUUAUUAAUACGAAAUGAUGAUUGAGUGUGGAAACUGUGAAAAUUUGAUUAAUUGAAUGUAAUUUGCGGCAGCCAAAGAACCGACCCCAACAAAAAAAAACGGAAUAGACGUCCUUCUAAGUGGGAUGGUGAAUGGUCCAGGCGAAUAAAUUCUACGCAGUGCGAGAAAAUAAGCGCAGCGGAAAAAGAAAACGUGCCGUCGGUGUGAAGUGAGGAGAAAAUUAAUGAUAUUACACUGUUGAAUAGAGCGCGCCCAUGUUUACUGCGGAAGGAAGCAAAACAAAAGAUGUGAGCCUCCGAGGAGUGUGAAUGGAAAUUACAUAGUGAUUAUCAUCAAGUUUUGUUCUUUUUUGCCGCAAGCUGGCCGGGUGUUUUCGAUACUUCUCUGUAGCUCCGUGGCUUGCUUGUUAGUGGAAAUGUGCGUGACGGACGUGAAUUUUUUCACGACGUGGCCCUGAACGAGAGAAAUGUUUUGCCGCUUUCGGUUUUAGGCAGGCAGUUACCACCCUCUCUGGAGGGAUUAACGAAGGAAGGCAGUGGAAAUAUAAAAAAAAUAAAGAAAAAAAAACUUCGCGGAGAGAAAAAUCGAUUCACCAGGAAAAUCCGAAAGUAGAAGUUUGCGUCUGAUAAAUAUGGAUAAGCGCCCGGUGGGUGCAGGAGCUGUCGGUUCCGGUUCCGGUGGAGGAUCGCGAACAAAUUUUCUCCGAUCAUCCCAGCUUGCGUUGGUUGCUGUUUUCCAGUUGCUGCUGGUCCUGCAUAAUGGCGAAGCCCUCCAGAAUCCACGCAUCAUCGAGCAUCCGAUCGACGCGACGGUGCCCCGACACGAACCGGCUACACUGAACUGUAAAGCCGAAGGACAUCCCUCGCCCAGCAUCCAGUGGUACAAGGAUGGUGCCCCGUUAAAAAUUCUACCCGGCUCUCACCGGAUAUUUCUGCCAGCGGGGGGAUUGUUUUUCCUUAAGGUCGUAAAUUCGCGCCGGGAAAGCGACGCCGGAGUGUACUGGUGUGAGGCCAAGAACGAGAACGGAGUUGCCCGCAGCCGGAAUGCCACUCUACAAGUAGCAGUGCUACGGGAAGAGUUCCGACUGGAGCCGCAGCACACCCGGGUAGCGCAAGGCGAGACGGUUCUGCUGGAAUGUGGACCCCCGAAGGGUGUUCCGGAGCCGACGGUUGGAUGGCGCAAAAACGGUCAAAAACUGGACGUCGAAACCUCGAAACGAAUUCGAAUCGUGGACGGGGGCAAUCUGGCCAUUCAGGAUAUUCGGCAGACCGACGAGGGACAGUACCAGUGCAUCGCGAAGAAUCUGGUCGGAGUGCGGGAAUCGGCAAUGGCUUUCCUGAAGGUUCACGUGAAACCAUAUCUGAUACGGGGUCCGCAUGAUUCAACGAUUGUGGAAGGAUCUUCGGUGACGUUUCAAUGCCGUGUCGGUGGUGAUCCGAUGCCGGAUGUACUCUGGAGGCGAUCAGCUUCCGGCGGAAACAUGCCACUGGAUCGCGUGCAUAUCCUGGAAGAUCGUAGCUUGCGAUUGGAAAAUGUUGUUUCCGAUGACGAAGGAGAGUACAGCUGCGAGGCAGACAAUGCGGUCGGGGCGAUUUCGGCCACGGGAACUUUAACCGUGCAAUCUCCUCCGCAUCUCGUCAUACGACCUUUACCUCAAGUCGUGGAAGCUCCGCAUGAUGCCUCGUUCGAAUGUAAAUCCGAAGGUCGUCCAAAACCGACGACAUUCUGGUCGGUCGAAGGAAAUCGCAGUCUGAUCUUUCCGGGGACUAAAUUUGAUCGAUUCGAGACAUCCCGUACGCUCGAAGGUUUGACUGUACUGACGAUAACAGCUACCAACAAAGCCGACAACGGUCUGGUGGUGGUUUGUAGUUCGGUCAAUUCGGUUGGUUCCAUCAGUGUUCGGGCUCGGCUUACCGUGGCUAGUCAAGAUGAUCGUCCUCCUCCAAUCAUCAUUCUUGGACCAUCGAAUCAAACCCUUCCGGUAACAUCGGUCGUUGCUCUUCCCUGCAAGGCCGUGGGAAACCCAACUCCAAUCAUCUCGUGGUACCUGGAUGGUAACCCAGUGACCAACUCUGAACGAAUAAACACCACCGAAAAUGGAACGCUGAUCAUACACGACCUGGAUAAAAAUAGCGAUCAAGGUUUGUACACGUGCGUAGCGAGCAGCCGUAGCGGAAAGUCAACUUGGAGUGCGUACCUUCGUCUGGAGGCUCCCACAAAUCCGAAUAUAAAAUUUUUUCGAGCGCACGAACCCAGUGCCUUCCCAAGUGCUCCCGGAAAACCUCAAGUCGUCAACGUUACCAACAGCUCCGUUACCAUAUCAUGGCUACCAAGCAUCAAAUCCGGUGCGUCCGAUAUUAACGGAUACUUGAUCGAAGUGUUCGCCACCGAUCUGAUCAAAGGAUGGAUCCCAAUUCCGUACAAAAUCACAUCCACCAGUUACACGUACUCUCCGGUAACGGCAGAUGUUUCCUAUACUUUUAUCGUUCGGGCCGAAAACGAGCAGGGCUUGGGAAUUCCCAGUUUGAUGUCGGAUCCGGUAGUUAUCGGCAGGGACGUCAACCACGGAGACGAUAUUAGCUUGAAUGAAGCGCAAGCAACUCUGUCCACGGGAAGUGUCGUACAUCUGUUGGAAGCAAACGCUUCCGAUUCAACCAGUGUCCGGUUGGCAUGGGACAUCCUGAACGGUCAGUACGUAGAAGGAUUUUACAUUUACUCACGGAAAGUGUACAGCAAUGGUACGUACCGGACGUUGACGGUGCUUCACGGUGGAGGUGCCUCCGCUUGCACGAUCAACGGACUGGAGAAGUACACGGAGUACGAGUUCUUCCUGGUGCCGUUCUACAAAACUAUCGAGGGUAGACCGUCGAACUCCAGAACCGCCCGGACAUUGGAAGAUGUUCCAAGUGCAGCACCGAUCAACAUGGAAGCCGUACUGCUGAACACCUCGGCCGUGUAUCUGAAGUGGGAACAUCCGGCGAAUCAUAGUCUUAAUGGUAAACUCCGAAACUAUCACAUCAUCAUACGAGGUUACGACGUCCACAACAUGUCCAAGGUCCUGACGAAUAUGACCGUCGACGGAGACUCUCCGAAGCUGCUGCUGGCCAAUCUAUCAGCCGGUGUGACCUACUCCGUGAGCAUAGCCGCUUCGACCCGGGCCGGUAUAGGUCCGUUCAGUGUCCCGUCCAUCCUUCGGCUGGAUCCCCACACCAAACGACUAGAUCAAGGAUACACACGGUACCCAAUAAAUCAUGACUACUCACACGACAUCCUGACGCAAACCUGGUUCAUUAUACUGCUGGGUUCGAUCAUUGCCAUCAUCGUGUUCCUGUUCGGGGCGACCGUCAUCUUCCGGCGGAUACAGUUUAUGAAGCACAGCUCGUUGAACAGCAUGCACGGAAAUCACGCAAUCGGAACGGUUCGUAAGUUCCCCACGCUGCCGCUGAAUCCGAACGGGGUCUGGAUCGAUCCCGGUGGUGGCGUUUGGAGACAGGCGUCGGAAAUCUCCAAAGAAGCCAUCACCGACUACGCAGCGGUCUCGAAUGCUCCCACGUUGCCGCUACCGGAUUAUGAAAGACUAUCACCGCUCAACAUGCCCGAUUACGCCGAGGUCGCCGGGUGUUCGUCCUUCAAGAAUGAUCUCGGCGGAUCACCCUCGUACGACAACUACGGUGCGUACGCUUCUACCACGCUGGUAGGCCGUACCAUCGGCGGCGGACAUCUGGAUGCGGGUGGAGCUCGAUCCACCGCGACGGCAGCCGUUCCGUUCACCCCGAACCAGUUCGACGGGAAAAACGUCUAUUCGGCACCCACGAGCUGCCACUACAACAAUUUCAUAAAUCAACAUCAGCAGCGCCACCAGCAGCAACUGCAUCAACAACAUGGACAGCAGCUGAACGGAUGUGGAAACGGCGCGGAAGGAAAACGACCCGGUGCAUCGUACGGGGGUAGCAUCAAGAGCCAGAAAAUGAACAUCAUCGAGAACCGAAUGGCGGACAUGAUGAACAACCUGGGCCACAGUCAGACUUCGGUAGCAUCGGCAACGGCUGCCACGGCCCUGUUCGGAUCGCCGCACGGUGGCUCCAGUGUAAGUAAUCUCAAUGCGAACAGUAGCAGUAAUCUACUUCCGACCGGUGGGGGCUCCGGGGCCAGUGUCAGCGUUCCCCACACGCCACUCUUCGGUACCAUCAAGCGAACUACCAAAUACAACAAAAUAGGCUACAAUAAGGAUAAUAAACUCAAUUUCGGUGAUAGUGGCCGCUCGUCGGAGCAGCCAUUGUUCAUCAAGUCCAAGUACGAUGGAACGUGGUCCUCCGUUCCCAGCACGGUUGCAUCAUCGGCAAACAACAUAAAUAUGAUUAAUAAUUCGCCAUAUCAUCAGCAACAGCACCAGCACCAGCACCAGCAGCAGCAGCAGCAGCAUCAUCAGUCUCAACAGCAGCUGGUGGCGUCAGGUCAUCAGCAGGAGCAACAGCAGCACCAUCACAAUCCGGGACAGCAGCACGGUGGGAAAUCACUGGGCAGUACGAACAUUCUGGAUCCACUUCCGCCGGCACUGCAAACAAAUAAUUUAGAUAAUCAACAAAUACAGAACAAUAAUCCUGGUGCUGGAGCCGACGGUGGUGGAGGCAGUAAUAGCAGCAACAGUAGCAACGCCAGCACUAGUUCCCAGAAUUAUUUAAGCAGUUUUGGCAAAACGGAUAAUGUGUAAACAUCGGGGAAUGAUGAUCUCCGGAAUGAUGAUGAACGGGGCUGGUCUGGGCUGGUAGCCAUACCGGGUUUUGUGCGCUGACGGUUGAAUUUUUUUGCUGGAGAAGAUGAAAUUUUUCAGGAAACCUACUGCACAAUGGCUUUCCUUGCUUCGGAUCUAUCAAAUUGGAAUUGUGUUGGACAACAGAUGGUACUGAUAGCAGAGUAGAUGUUUUCCUUUGUUGCGUAAAUCACUGCCGUUCCCCAUUCGGGAAGCGUUUUGUGAGUUUUUCAUUUGAAGGGAACGCAUGCUUAUCGGUGUAUUUCAUCUUUUUAUUGUUAUAUUUCAAAUAAUUACGUGCAAUGCAUAAAAUUUCAUUCAAUGAAAAAUGCACAUUCCCUCACCAGAAGGACUAAAAAGCUACCGGCAACAUAGCAUUGUAUUUUUAUACCCCGCGAAAAAUAAUACUCCUGGAAAAGGCUCUUGUUACGACAAUGAGACCGAUCUUUUUCAACAUUUCUAUCAUUAUACUAUUCCACGUAUUUGUGCUACGAAACGAACAUGACUUUUUGCGAAGCUUCUCAUUAUUUCCUGAGUGAAUCUGUUGGCAGAAAAGCUUCUUCAUGGAACGCGAAAUGAAUAAGUUGAGAGUCAUUUCAUCCGGCAAAUUUUACCUAUUUAGAAGAAAACACGACAAAAGAUUCUGUUUUAUUAUUUAACUCAACUCCGGAAGGAUAAAUAUUUCAUUUUACAAGAACGAAAACCUUCAUCGUUUUGUUAGUUUGUCUUCGUUUUGAUACGUUCACAAAUGAGUUGAAAGUAACUCUACAUCUCUGUGUAAGCAUAAUAGUUGACAUCGUUUUCCUAUCUUACCAGUAAUAAGAAAGCAAAAUCCACAAAUGAAAGACAUUAAGUUUCGAAGAUAAACAACAUUUCGUGGCUUGGGGUUUUAUGAAACAUGACUCUGAUCACAUCAGCAUGAUUCCAAGAAUUAGAAGCCAAAUUUACUUUUCAACAACUUUACCCUGCUAACAGUUACCAAACGACAUUAAAAGUCCACCCGAAUCCGCAUCAGCAAGGCCAAACACGCUUCCGAAAGUGGCUUGCGUUCAUGUUUAGACUCCGGUUCGUGUUGUUGGCCCCCGAAGUCACCUCUGGCCAGAUAUUUUUUCUUACAUCUGUAAAUUCUCGCCCACAGUAUCUCAUCUUUAUAUAAUCUGAUAUUUAGCAUAAUUUUAGCUUUUUUUGUCAUUUUCCUGUGUAACAGCUUCGAAGAGCCUAACGUGGCAGAUUCCACCGACAGUGAACUUCCAGCCAUCACGAAACUCUCGAAACCAAUAUUCACGUCAUUAAGAGGUUUGAAACCUCAAGGUUACCAAUGAUUAUUUUUUUUGUGUUUUGUCUUCGACUUAUUGGUACAUUAACAGUCUAUGUUGAAGUAUUAGUGCCACCUCGUGGUUUAAUAUAAACGCUGUUUACAUUCCAACUAUUUUACAUCUGAGAGCAAUGUCUUCAACCGUGACAUAAACAUCUAAUGUACUGAUGAGACGAAGACGAAUCCUAAAAACAAACACUGUUUGAAAGAGAACUAGCCUCAUAAUACACCCAACCCUCGAUUUACGCGCUUUAUAUAUGUGUAUAUAUGAGUCUUCGACUCAUCAGUACAUAAGCUGUUUAUGUCGUGGUUGACUUUGCACUCAGAUGUAAAAUAAUUGAUAUGGAAAUAGCAUUCAUGUUAAAAGACGAGGUGGCACUAGUAUUUCAUCAUAGACUGUUGAUGUGCACCAAUAAGUCGAAAACAAAACGCAGAAAAUAAAUAAAUUUUCAAAUCUAUAUUAUAAAUAUUUAUUUGCUUUCUUUUGUCGUUCCAUCUUUCAGAAUAGCUAUAUUUUAUCAGAGGAUGAAAUCGUUUUUCAAUGAACCAAUUUUCUUAAAGUUUACGUAGACUUUUCGCUUCAACCAACAUUGUUGAAAAGUUAGUCGAACAAACAUCUGGAAAAUUUGAUUUUUUUGAAUGACGAAUAUUAAUGAGCAACUGAUCCAGGAAAAAGAAAAACCGACCGAAGCAAAAAUAAAAGGAAAAAUCGAGGUAAAACACGGGAAGCAAAAACAUCAUUUUUGAGUAAAUAAAAAAACAAAAAUCACAACCAAGGACGAAGAUGAAAAUACUGAAUGUAAAACAAAAAUCAUAAAAUGACGGAUGGAAAAGAAAAUAUAAGAAAAUUAAAAAAACUGAAGAACAAAAACUAGAAAAUAAUGCAAAAAAUGUUCAAAAAGAAAAGUAGAAUAAAAUAAAACCAACGAAUAACGAAAACUUAGUAGAAAAGUUAAAUAGAACAACCAAAAAAUUGAACUGGAAUAUAACUGGAAGUAAACAAAAUGACGGUGAGUACUGCAAAAAUCACGUUUUAGUAAAAUACACGAGAAAAAUUGAUGGGGCAUGAGAAAUCAAAUGGAGAAUAAAUAAACAACCGGAAAUAAAAAAGCAAUGAUAACAACAGAAAACAAAAUAACUGAACGAAAACGACGGAAAACGGAUGUAAAUGUAACGGUGAAUACGAAAUAAAAGCAAAUAAAAACAUUAUGAAUAAAAAUCCACAUAGCGAGUAAAAAGGAUAAAAAUCAAAGAAAAAUGAAACAGAACAAAGUCAUGAAUUACACAAAACAAAGGCAAAAUUAUCGAAAACAAAAAAAAAAUGUUCGGGAACCAAUAAAAACUGGCGGAGCCAAAACAAAAAAAAAUGAAAAGUGAACUUUAAGUUACGGAUUACGAGAAAAUGGAACGAAUAAACGAAAACGAAACUGACGGAAUGCUAAGAAUAAUCAAGAAUCAUAUAAAAUACGAAGAACGAAACGCGAAGAACAAAAAACGACAAUUAUAGAGAAAAAAAACUAUUUUUUUUUAUAUCGUUUAUUUAUACCCGGCUUUAACCUAAUUUUGGUCGUUCGCCGGAAAAAACUAUUUAAAAUCAAGGAAUAAUGAUGAAAAAUGAAAAACAAUUGUAGGGUAAAGUAAGGAAAAUGACGGAAAAUAAUCAAAGUAGAAUAAAGGAAAAGACGAAGCAAAAUUGACAAAAAAAAUUAAAUAAAUAACAGAAUACGUCGAAAAUGGAAGGAAAGCGACAAUAAACUUACAGAGAACGCACAAAUUUGAAUAGUAUAUCAAGAUAAAGAUCACAGAAAAAAUUACAACAAUGCAAACAAAGACACUGAAGAACAAAUCCCGGAAAACAUAGAAUUUACGAAAAAGAGAUAAAGACAAAAUGCGAAAACCGAAGAAACAAAUACAAAAAUUGGAAAAGAAUUUAGUGGAAGAAAUACUUAAAACUAGUCAAUCAGACGGUCCCAAAAGAUAGGAGAAAUGACGGGAAACGAAUAACAAAUAAAGAACAACGGAGAAUAAUCCUGAGACGACAUAAAAAAAGUAAGAACAAAAAACUAAAAUAUGAAAAGUGGAGGCAAGGGAAAACGAAAUAAAAAUUUCGGAUAACGAAGCAAGAAUGACGGAGAAAAUUCACGGAAAUUCAAUAUAAAAACUACGAAAAGCGAUGCAAAAAAAGGGAAACCGUGAAAAUAUUUAAUUAUUUAUCGUUAAUUUAUACCCGAUUUAAACCAAAUACAGUCUUUCGCCGGGUAGAAAAACCGUGAAACAUUGAAGAAGAACGAUUAGGAAAUGACGGAUGAAAAAGAAAUGAGACGAAAAAUGAAAAAUAAUUGAAGGACAAUUGAAAAUUAAACGAAUGAAUUACGAUUACCAAGACAAUAUGAUGGACUAUAAAGAAAAUAUCUGAAAAUCACAGAAUGAAAGUAUGAAUGAAGUAUGAGGAAAACAAACAAACAAACAAAGAAACAAACGGAGACAAAUACCAAAGAAUAUAUGAAAUAUGAAGAGCAAAAAACGGAGCGCAAAGAAAAACACCCGAAAACAAAAGACUAAAUAAUUGAAACUGAAAGGAAUAAAAUAGAUAACAUAGGAAUAAUAAAACACGUAUAGUGAAAACUAAAAUAAAAAGAUACAAUUUAUAUCGUGAAUGAACGAAGAAAACCCUUCUUAAUCCACCUAGUGGUGUGAUAAUGCCUUUCUCUUCUUUCAUAACAGUCUCAUGAAAAUAUAUUUCAUACUUUUAUUAAAUAAUUUCGGAUACUAAUUUUGACACCAAUUGAUUCAGAUUGAUUGAAAUAGUUCACAAAAGCAUGCUUCAGUGUUUAUGUCACACAGUCAGCAUCAUUUUUCCAAACUAGUGCUUACAUUUGCGAUGCCUAUUCGUAUGAGAAAAGUGAUGCUAAUCUAAAAAACCUGUUUUAAUCCACCUAGUGGUGUAAUGAUGCCUUUCUCAUGUACAUAUAAUAUUGUGGUAUUCUAUUUAUACUUCCGGAACCGGAUACCGGGAACCAGGAUAGCCGGAAUCGGUUUGUUUAGUUGCCUACUGAUAAUGACUAUCGAUUUGUGUAGUUUUGAGACCAGUUUAGGAAUUUUUUUACGUUUUUUUGUUUCGCCGGUUUAAGUGACGGUGUACAAUAUUGAACACACUUUACCCUAUAACUUCGGAACCGGAAGUCGGAUCCGGAUGAAAUUCAGGAAUCCCGUAUGGGACCACGAGACCUUUCAUUUGAAUCUAAGUUUGUCAAAAUCGGUUCAGCCAUCUCCGAGAAAACGAGAUGAGUGAGACGAGUGAGAUUAUUUGACACACACACACACACACACACACACACACACACACACACACACACACACACACACACACACACACACACACACACACACACACACACACACACACACACACACAUACACACACACACACAGACAUUGCUCAGCUCGACGAACUGAGUCGAAUGGUAUAUGACACUUGGCCCUCCGGGCCAAUUUUCACUAGUCGGUUUUUCAAGUGAUUGCAUAACCUUUCUAUAUGAGAAAGGCAAAACGAGUGACAUUAUUUUCACAUUUCUGGUAUAUAUCACCCUGUAAUUACUGAACCAGAAGUCGGAUCCGCAUGAUAUUUCGGAACUUUGUAUGGGACCAUAAGAACUUUCAUUUGAAUCUAAGUUUGUUAAAAUCGGUUUAACCAUCCCAGAGUAAUGUGAGUGACAUUAUUAUCACAUUUUUGAUGUAUUACUUUCACAUUUUUUAUGCAUAUCACCCUGUAUUUCCGGAAUCAGAAUUUGGAUCUAAAUGAUAUUCAGUAACUUCGUAUAGGACCGUGAGACCUUUCAUUUAAAUCUAAGUUUGUGAAAAUCGGUUUAGCCAUCUCCGAGUAAAAAGGUUGACAUUACUUUCACAUUUUUGGUGCAUAUCACCCUGUAAUUCCGAUACCGGAAGUCGGAUCCAAAUGAAUUCAGGAACUUUGUAUGGAAUCGUGACCAUGAAUCCUUUCAUUAGAGUCUAAGUUUGAGAAAAUCGGUUUACCCAUCUACGAGAAAAGUGAGUGACAUUAUUGUCACAUUUUUAUUGCAUUAUUUACACAUUUUUUAUGCAUAUCACCCUCUAAUUCCGGAACCGGAAGUCGGAUCCAAAUAGAAUUCUGAAACUUUGUAUGGGACCGUAGGGCCUUUCAUUUGAAUCUAAGUUUGUGAAAAUCGGUUGAGCCUUCUCCGAGAAAAGUGAGUGACAAUAUUUGUCACACACACAGACAUUUUCUCAGUUCGUCGAGCUGAGUCGAAUGGUAUAUGACAUUCGGCCCUCCGGGCCUCGGUUCAAAAGUCGGUUUUUGAAAAGAUUGUAUAGCCUUUCUCUUUGAGAAAGGCAAAACUGACGAAAAAUGUCACCCAGAAACUAGGAAUAAUGAAGAUAAAAGGAUAGAAAACGAAGGCAAAGAUAUGAAGAAUGAAAACAAUAAUGAGGAAUGACGGAGACGAAACAACAAAUGAUGAAAACACAGCAACUGAGAAUAAAUAAAUAAUGAUGGAAAAUAGUAAGCAACGAACUCGAACAAGAAAAUUGACUUAGACAAAAAAUAAUUGACGGGGAAUGUAAAACAAGUCCCACAACUAAGCUGAUGAACUGGCGGAGAAUGAAAAAAAAACAGACGGCGAUUGAAAAAUUAAGCAGAGCGACAAAAAUUUGGCGGAUGAAAUAAUUUGACGAAGAAUGUAUGACAAACGAUAGAGAACAGAAAACAGAAAUAAAGCUGAGCAAUAAAUAAAUUAUGUCGGAAUUAUAGAAAAAUAAAAAUACAAAAAAUAACGAACAAGAACGAAAACUAAAAAAACGAAGAAAAUAUGUCGCAUAGCGAAAAUAAUGGCAAACAAAAAAUUACUGACUGAGAUCGAAUAAGCAAAGGGAAAAUACUACAGAGAACUAAGAAAACAUUACGAAAACAUGAAUGAAGCAGAUCGAUUCUGAAUAAAAAUGAAUCAAUAAGGAAAAUAAUGGAGAGCAAAGAAACUAUAACACAGAAGACGAAAUACUUAAAGGUGGAUCUGAAAAUGAAAAUUGACCCAAACCGAUAAAUAUAUGAUGGAGAACGAAAAGAUCAUGCCGGAGAACUUUGAGACCUUCGCAGGGAGCAAUUGAAAAUUCAAGUUGAAUUUAAACGACACACGCUUGUGGUUAGCUAAAUUUCAAAUUAACUGUGAAAAUCACAGAAAUUUUAACUGAAAAGCUUCUGUCAAAAAAGAGACUAAGUAUGGUUAGAAAGCUAUACCACUUUUCCUGGGGCUCCUAAAACCUUCACAGCGUACCGAGUUUUCCGAAUUGUCGAUAGUUUUCACAAACUACUACAAAAUAGUCCGCAUCACAACCGAAGCGAAUGAGACCACUACUCAAUUUACUCCACCUGGAAUAAGUUUUUUGUUUCGCCCGUAGCCCAAGGCCGCACGCUUUUCACGAGUCAAGUUACCUACAGAACAAAACUCCUAGCCGACGUCUGUAUCGUCUGCUACAGUCUCAUCGUCAAUUCUCAGUAAGCAGCAUCCGGGUGGAAGGAGAAAAAAAAAGCUGUGGGGCCGCUCAGGUUCAGGUAAAAUGGGUGAUAAGUGCACCGACGAGCGUCGGAGUUUCCGUGACUUUUGUGUCAGGUGAACGUGCAGUUAUUAUCUGCGGCUGCAUCGGUAGUAGCAGCAUAGCCAGACGACGACGACGGAAGCCCUGGAAUCUGACGCUAAUUGCAGUGCGCCAUAGCCACCGGUGCCGGGGAAGCUCCCUCCGGGAAAUGCAACGUAAUUGUCAUUCUCGGUUGGUUGGCUUGCAAUUAGGGAAGCUUAGUUCGUUGCCGGUUGGAAGUAGAACGAAUGGUGAUUGUCCCGGAAAUCAACAUUUGUGGAAGCUGGCACGGAAAAUUGCUAUUCUUUGUAGGGAGCAAAAUCGCGCUGCGACUCGGUUCGUGUAGCCUUUAAUAGCGAUAGUUGUUCGUAGUAGUCCGAAGUUAGUUCCUAAGCUAAGUUAUGCAAACCAGUUCCAAAAUUAUUGCUGUCUGAAUAAGCCAGAGCCUAUCAUCCUGGGGUAAAUUUGAAACUACUAGAAACAAGCAGCUGAUCAUCCAAUUUUGACUUAUUAACAUUGACCGGAAAAUAAAUCGACCUACAAGAGUAAUGUCCAUGUCAAAACUCGACGGGGCUUCCGAUGGGUCCAUUAAAAAGCGUUCAUCAUCUGCAUUACUGGCGAGAGUAAAAUCCGGAUCCGGGUCCAGACGGCAGUACGACAAGUCAGAUCCCAGCACCGCAGUCAUCAACAUUCGCUGUUUGUUUCAUUAUUUGUCGUAAUCGUCUCAAUCAUCUGGUUCCUGGAACUGGAACUGGAAACACAGUCGUCAUGGUACAUGGUACAUUGGUUCACCGUAAAUCGUGUCAUUUCACCACCGGAAUGAUACUCACAUAAAGCACAUGGACCGUUCUGACAUCGGUGCAAUCAUGAGCGAAAUAAGACCUAAAUGAGCAUACAACUCUGGGUAUGUAUUGGGUUGUUCUGUGUUCCUCUCGGAGAAUGAUGACCUUGUUUCUCCACCGACAGACCACCGUCAGCUAAGCAUGAUGACGUUGCGAACUCAUCAGUCGUCAGCCGGGCCAAAAUGGUUAGACAGACCUUGGUAGCCCUGUGCCAUUCAUCGUAUGUCGACUGUCGGGGAUGUGAUUUGAAAGCAUGCCUACUUUGAUGAUGAACCAAUACAAAUCUCUACCGGAGGCGGGAUAGUGAUGCGUAAAAGCAGUAAAGUUGCUGCGUUGCUUGUUUUGUUAACUCGUUUCUAGAAUUUCGGUAAUUAUUUGGAACAGUGCUUGAAGUGGUUGGUUUUGGUUGAUUUAAUCAGAAUCAAGAGAUGAUUUUUAAAUCAGACAUUAUAGAAGAUUGACAGCAAAAAUGCAUACACCCAAACCUCCAUUUACCUAAUAUUCGGGAGUUCGUAAAUCGAGUUAUGAUGUAAAAGAAAUUUACGUUAUUUGGAAUUUUCAUCAUAAAAAAAAAUUUCCUUAUGUAUAUGUAUUAUCGGAUAUGUACAAAAUGGAACGAAAAAUAAAAGUAUUUGCAGGAAAGGGAUGUUCUAAGUCGCAUCAAUUUCUAAGACGGCGAGUUAUUCAUCGAUAUUUGUUACAAACCAUCAGAAUAUGAGUAUUUUCGGAAUAGGUUUGAUGAGUACAAGUCGGAAAACGAUGUUCACGUUGGUAUGAAUUCCAAGAUGGCAACUUCCAGUUUAUUGAUAUUCCUUGAAAACCCUUACGAUUUGUGUCGAUAUUACUCGAAUUGCUUGAAUACCUUUACGAUAUGCAUAUUUUCGGGACGGGUUUCGUGAGUCGGUGCUUACAAUUUUAAAGCAGUAGUAAAAUAUCUGCGACAGAUCUGAAUUAUAGACGAAUUUAGUAAAAAAAUACUAAACUACCAGUCAAAUUAGUUUUAGAUUAUCCAUACUGUUGAAGCUGCUGAAAAGGUGUAUUGAAAAAGCAAAAUUCUGGAUGUAAAAAAACUGGAGCAAGUGGCCAUGUCAUCUUGGAAUUUAAAACACCAUGUACUCAUCAAUCAAUAUCCAUUCAUCAAGCCCGUUAUUGUAGGGGUUUUGAGAAAUAUUUGAAAUCCAAAAAUACCCAGAUUGUAAGGGCUUUUAAGGAAUAUCAAUAAACCGGAAGUCGCCAUCUUGGAAUUUAGAACCAUCUCAAACAUCGUUUUCCGACAUCUACUCAUAAAACCCGUUCCCAAAAUAUCCAUAUUGUAGUAAUUUCCAUGGAAUAUAGAUGAGCCGGAAAUGAAUUCCAUCGUAUGCAAAAGUCUCUUUAUACGAAGAAGGUUCAUAAAAAGAGUUACGUAAAAAGAGGAAACUUAAAAAAAUUUACGUAAACGGACGUUUGGGUGUUGUGUUGACAGUAAAUGAACAGGAUAGUGUUUUGGCGAAAUUACGUCGUCGUUAUUCAACAAAUCAACUGUUUUUCAACAAAGGGCGAAUCUAACAUUUACAGCAAAUGUAGAAAAACGUCGAUGAAUGUUUCGAUAUUGUUAUUUGACAUAAGCACUGAAGCAUGCUUUUAUGAACUACACGAAUCAAUCUGAAUUAAUUGAUGUCAAAAAUGAGCUCAAAUUAGUAUCAAAAAUUAUUUUAUAAAAAGAUAAAAAAAAUCAUUAGACUAUUUUGAAGAAAGAGAAAGGCAUUAUCACACCACUAUGUGGAUUAAGAAGGGUUUUUAAGUAUCCGUUUGAUCAAGGCCCAAUAAAGUUCGAUUGAGCGGAGUUCUGGGCUGUUGAGAGGGUUGUGGUCUUUGGGUACCACAACCACGUUGUUUGCAUCGUACCACUUUUUCCCAUAGUGGCAGCUCGCCAAGUACGGCCAAAACAGCACAGGUCUAUUAUAUUUCUUCAGGAAUGGUAGCAGCCGCUUUUUCAGGCACUCCUGGACGUAGAUCUCUUUGUUGAUAGUUUCCGUUGUGAUGAGAUUGCCGCUUUUUAGACCACACGUGCAUAUAGCCUGCCAGACGAAGUAUUUUUUCGAGAGUUUCGAUAGUGUGAUGGUUUUGAAAAUUUCGGACACCUUUCCUUUUCCUGAUGCUGUAUAAAACUCCAGUCCCGAAGCUGCUUGAAAUUCGUUUCGUAGUCCAUGACGACACAGUCUAACUUUGUGUGCAUAUUUCGUAUACAACUCUCGGGAUCGCUGCUUCACCGACGUGUUUUGUCUAUAAUCUCGGUUUGCCACCUUCACCUUCUUAAGAGUCGAUAACCCGGCUCGUUUCUUGACCCGCUGCACAGUAGUAUUAUUGGAGACUUUGAGCUUGCCAGCGACGUCCCGGAUGAAGAGGUUAGGAUUACGCUUAUAUUUCACCACUACCUUCUUCGUUGUCGUUGCCACGUCCGCAUUACGAUUGCUGUCACUUCCAAACUUCCUGGCGGUAGGCAGACGCUCGAGCACUUUUACCAGGAAUCAGGAAUCAGAACAAAUUGGCUCAAAUGGCACGUUCCCCUUGAUAUUUGGAGAUUUGUGCCUUGCCAUCAAUUUGUUUUUAGCAUCAUUUUCCCGAUAUAUAAGAGGGAAGGAUUGAAAGGAAAUGGUAAGGGUUGCACUAGGAGGAUGGGAAAAAUUGACGACACAAAAACACAUAAAAGCAGAAGUAAAUUCUGCACCCCUAAGGGAUGCCGAAUAAUCUGCUGAGGAUCACAUUUAGUGGAAGCAGAAGUAAAUGCUGAACCUCUACGAGGUCCCAAACAGUCUGCUGUUAAUAAAACCUCCAACUCCCGAGAGGAUUUAGAGAUCUUACAAAAGCGACACCAUUCUGCACUCCCGGAAGAAUGCAGAACGAUUCGCAGUAUGUACGAGCAGAAGUAAAUUCGGCACCCCCUGAAGGAUGCCAAACAAUCUGCUAAACCCUAUUUAAGGUGAAUACAGAAGGGAUUCAUUCACUCCAGGAAGAACGAUGAUCCCUUCUGACUAUAGCUCCUUACCACAUUGGGUGAGAAACGAGAGAAUAUCCUUCAAUUUUAGCUCCGCAUACACAGACUCAACCAUGUAUGGAGAACCAAAAACCCGGAUACGUAGCUGCGUCAAUGCAGGACAGUUACAUAUCAGAUGAUAUGAAGUACCAUAAUCGCAUUCACACAAAUCACACGAAUAAUACUCAGCACGUUGAAUAGUAGCCAUGUGAUAAUUGAGUUUGCAAUGUCCAGUCAGAACUCUGACCAGAGUACUGCAAUGAUGCUUGGAGAAAUGCAGUAGACACUUUGACAUUUUCAGAUUUAAAUCUGGUAGAAAUGCUUUUGUCUGAGCGCAAGUUUGCAAGCUGCGCCAGUAGCUAGCAUGUUUGGAUGCAGCCCAAGAACGAAUCUUGUGCUUUAUCCAACUAGUUGAAAGUGGCAAAGCUGGUUCAGGACCAACGAAAUCAUUCGUUGCACCAGCUCUAGCCAACUCAUCAGCCCAUUCAUUUCCAGUAAUACCAGAAUGGCCGGGUACCCAUAAGAAAUAAACAGCAUUUGAAAUGCUGAGGUCUUCAAUUUGAGUUCGACAUGCGAUCACUAGAUUCGACCGUGAGUCAUUCGAACUGAGUGCUUUUAAGGCUGCCUGACUGUCGGAACAAAAAUAAAUUCGUUUAUCACAGAUCCUCUGCUGAAGUGCCGAUUGUACUCCACACAGAAUCGCGUAGAUUUCCGCUUGGAACACAGUACAGUAUCUACCAAGUGAAUGAGACUGCUCCAGCCUCAUUUCACGACAGUAGACACCAGCACCAGCACGACCAUUCAACAGAGAACCGUCCGUAUAACAAACUAUGUGUUCAUCAAGUUGUCGUUCCAGACAACCAGACAACCAUUCCUCACGAAGAGGAUAGCUCACAUGGAAUGUUUUGAAAGGAAAACUGCAUGUGAGAGUUAGGUCACUAGGAGCGAGUAAAUACUCAUCCCAUGUAACCAUUUGAGACCACAAGCGAGUGUGGCUGGUAGCAUAAUCUAAUGGGUUACUGUUCCAAAGUCCUGUAGCCUUACGACGGUAUGCACAAGAUAAUGCUUCUUGUUUUAGGAACACAUGUAGUGGUUCAAUGCACAGUAGCGCCUCUAGAGUAGUCUUGUUUUAGGAACACAUGUAGUGGUUUAAUGCACAGUAGCUCCUGUCAUCGCCAUUAGGACCAUCCUUUGGAGAUGAUUUAGCUUUGACUGAACUGUCGCGACUUCUCCUUUCUGCCACCAUACAAGACAACCAUAUGCUAAAAUUGGUCUAACAAUAGUUGUGUAGAUCCAAUGAAUAUAUCUGGGUUUGAGUCCCCAUGAUUUUCCAAAAGCUCGUCUGCAUUGGCCGAAAGCCAUACAAGCUCUCCUAAUCCUGAAGUCAAUGUGAGCAGACCAAUUCAGUUUUGAGUCAAGAAUAACCCCGACGUAUUUAACUUGUUCGACCACAGUGACCUCUGAACCGAAGAACUGUAACGGACGAGCUCCUGUGAUUAUCCUACGAUGAGUGAAAAGCACCAUUGAUGUUUUGCCCGGAUUUACAGACAAUCCAACCUGACAACACCAUUGUUCAACAGAUCGCAGGGCUUGUUGCAUUAAAUCAAAGAGAGUGUUAAUGCUUAUACCGGUCAUCAAUAUAUGAUAAUCGUCGGCAAAACCAUAAGUCGGAAAUCCAAGGUUAUUAAGUUUCCUUAACAAACCAUCAGCGACUAGGUUCCAUAAAAGUGGGGAUAGUACACCACCUUGAGGACACCCACAGACACUCAGCUUUGUAAUAUCUGCUUGCCGAAGCGAUGAACAAAGAAGUCGAUUGCUAAGCAUUGCGUUUAUCCAAUUUGUGAUACUUGAAGGUAUGCCAUGACCACGGGCUGCUUCCAGAAUUGAAUUGAAAGACACGUUAUCAAAGGCACCUUCAAUAUCUAGGAAAACUCCCAAGCAAGAUUGCUUUAGUGAGAAAUCUUUUUCGAUGUUGUACACAACAUCAUGUAACAGGGUUGUAGUGGACUUUCCACGCUGGUAAGCAUGUUGCAUUCCAUGUAGCGGAUGCACGCCCAGACUAACAUUCCUGAUAUAGUGAUCGACUAUGCGUUCCACUGUUUUAAGAAGAAAUGAGCUAAGACUGAUAGGCCUGAAACUCUUCGCUUCCUCAUAAGUGUCGCGACCGCCUUUGGGAAUAAAUUUGACAGUUAUUUCCUGCCAGGCUCUUGGAAUAUAUCCUGUCGCAAGACUAAAAGUAAGUAUUUUCUUCAAAACAUGUUUGAAAUGUUCAUACCCUUUCUGCAGUAACACUGGGAAAACUCCAACCUUUCCAGGAGACUUGUACGGAGCAAAACUCUCAACUGCCCAUUUGACCGAUUCAAUCGUCACAACGCUUCGAGCAAGGGCCCAAGAAUCGUAACUACCUGAAAAAGUCUCGGGAAGAGCUGUCGGUGAUGGAUGCAUACAUCCUGGAAAGUGAGUGUUAAAAAGGCAGUGAAGUACAUCACUUUCAUCAGACAUCACCAUCUGAAGUUCUUAGGAAACUGACAUUAAAAUCCUUAGACUUCGAAAGUAACUUAUUUAAUCUACUAGCCUCGUUGAGACUAGAGACAUUUGUGCAGAGGCUUUUCCAACCACUUCACUCAGACGAUCGAAGAGCAUUUUUGUAAGCCCUUCGAGCCGACACGAAUGCCUCCGACCCAUCUCUGCGUCGGUGGUUCCAAGCUCUUCUGCAUAGUUUCCUUAGUCUAGCAAGUUCAGCAUUCCACCAAGGAGUUCCUCUAGUAGCUCGCACAAUCCGAAGUGGACAAGUCUCUUCAUAUGAUGCAACUAUGAGUGAAUUUGUCUCGUCGACAACAUUUUCCAAAUCAAUUGGGGUUUCAAUUGUUGGUUGAUACCCGUAAAAUCUAGUCGCCAAGCCCUCUUCAUAGAGGUCCCAGUUUGUAGAUUUGGGAUUACGAUAUGUGAUAAUAUCAAAUUUAACGUUUGAAUGAUCAAAGAAUAUGUACUUAUGAUCAGACAACGAAGGUUCGAGCUCAUCGGAGACGAGCCAAUUCACCAACUCAUGCGCAAUUCUAUCAGAGCAGAGAGUUACGUCCAAAACCUCCUCUCUUCCAGAUCUCGCAAAAGUUGGACGGUUUCCUGCAUUGAUUAUGUGCAGGUUUGUACUGCUCACAAAUUCCAUCAUAUCAGAGCCUCUCGAAUUUAUAUCUGUGCUGCCCCAAAUGAUAUGGUGAGCAUUUAUGUCACUGCCGAUUACAAGCGGUAAAUCACUCUUGCAGCAGUAUGAAACAACCUUUUUGAAGUCAUCGCUUGGCGAAGGUUGGUUAUGCGGUAAAUAUGCCGAACAAUAGACAUAUUUCCUGUCUAUGCCAUCAAUAGUCAUACCAACUGUGACAGCACAAAUAUCCCGAGUUGUGAGCUCCGGUAUGAGAAAAACAUCGAGAGCACUAUUAGCAAGUAUGCAUGCUCGAGGCAUUUCACGUGGAUUUGUCAUACCGAUCUUGUUGAAGGCAACAAAGACUGGGUUUAACAAUUUUCCAACAUAGAAGUUUCCCUUUUGGAAAUAUGGUUCUUGAACCAAAGCUAUAGUAGCUUUACCUUCUUGCAGAAGUCUGAAUAGAUUCAUAGUUGCUGUACGUUUAUGCUGAAGAUUGAUUUGUACCACUCUAACCAUUAUAAAUUAGAAUAACGAACAUUCCACUUCCAGUAUCAACCGUACAACAACUACAAGAAACCAAAUAUAUUGGCUUAUAAUCGCCUAUAGCGAACUAUGUAAGGAUUUUUUUAAAUGUUAUUAUCAUUUAAAUCCCACGAGUUGCGAAGAAAGAAGUCGUCCACUGUGCCAGAGCUUCGCUUAACACAGUAAGGGAAAACCCCAAGAUAUUCCGUUCACGACUGCAUUGUUUAACCUCCUGCAGCCAUUCAGCCAUCGGCACGGAAAUACACCUUGGCUUAGGAGUUCCUAUUUUUGUGGCCUUUUACGACAUGGAACAGGAAACCAGUGGAUCAAUUCUUGGUAAAAAAUAAUUCCGCCGGAUACCACACGGCUUACCUGUUUGGUGGACUUAUACCACCGGUACAGGUGGACCGUAGCGUUAUUCUUAGCCAGUUGGGAAACCGCUACCGACACUACACGGCUAUCUAGGCUGCUCAGAGAGGGAAGUUGACAUUGAUGGUCAACUUCCAUGGAUGGCCGAGCAGCACUUUUACCAACUUGACGUGCGAGAUUGUCGGAUUCUCUUGCUGCGCGAGCAAAAUUUUGACACGCUGCUCCUCAUGCUUGGACGUUAUUUGUUACACGUUGAUCUAUGAGUUUUGGGUCUAACUAAGAAAAAUACAUUUUUUCAGCGAAACUCAGUUCUAUUCAUCAACAUAGACUACUUCAUGAGCAACACACAUCAGUCUAGUCUAGAGCAGCCCACAAUCAUUCAGUCGCUUCAAUACAUUUCAUAACACCAAAACCUCCUUUUACGAACUAAACGGUAUUUCAAAAAACAAGUUUAUGUUAUUUGGAAUUUAUUUCGUAAAAAAAGCUUUAUGUAAUGAAUGUGGCUAUUUUCGAAACGGAUGUCAAAAAUAGGAGAAAGAAAAUUAUAUUUGGGGUCGUUUCAAAAUCCAAGAUGGCGACUUCCAGUUUAUUGAUAUUGCCUAAAAACUAGAUAUUUUCGAAACGGGUUUGAUGCGUGACUGUCUCAAAACGAUAUUUGAGGUGGUUCUGAAAUCCAUAUUUUCGAAACGGCAUUGAUGAGUAGAUACCGAAAAACUUUGUCGAUCCGAAAUCCAAAAUGGCAGCCUCCGGCUCAUUGAUUUUCAUUGAUACAAUGUGAGUAGUGGUUUUCAAGAAAUGUCGGUAUACCGAAAGUCACCAUAUUGAAUUUCGGAACGAGCUCAAACAUCGUUUAUUGAUGUUCUAUCUGUUCCAAAAUACCCCUUUGUUGGAAGUUUUUAGAGAAAAUUGAUAAAGUGGAAGUCGUCAGCUUCGUUUUCGGAACAACCUCAAAUAUUGUGCAUUUAAUCAUAAAAUCCGUUCCAAAAGUAUCCCGAUUAUAGGAGUUUUCAAAGAAUAUCUAUAAACUGGAAGCCACCACCUUGGAUUUCGAAAUGACAGCAAACAUAAUUUUCCGACUCCUAAUAACCCAUCGACUUGUGAAUCGGUGCAUUGUCUUGGUGAAACAGAGUGGACUUUUCUUCGACAUAUGGGGUGGUUUUCCUUAAUUUUUUUUUCAUUCAAACUAUUUAACAACGCUAUGUAGUAUUCGCUAUUGAUUGUUUUGUUUUCUUUCUCAAGAUCAGUGUAGAUAAAAUAAUAAUCAGAAAAAGUUCAUCUAUUUAUUACUCGUAAAAAAUCAGUUCAAGAGACUUUCUAAAAAAAACAUUUCCGGGAAUCUAAACUUCUUCUCUAUAAACCUAAAAAUUCACAAGUGAUUUUAUUGUGUCAGUGAAACGAGCUUUUACCCAAGGAAACAUCGCUAGAGAGAUAAUCGAAAGACGCUUCAGUUCGACACCGAAGUGAUUCGUGCAAGAUUCAAUUAUAUUUUCAUUAAUGAAUAAAUUUCUGUCGAAUUAAUUUGCAACUGAAUCAAAAUUGAGAAAUAAUGAUUGCGAUAUUUUCGAUGCACGUAGGGGGGAAUAUUUCUUUCCACGUUUCAAAUAAAGAUUUUAGCUACAACAGACUGUUUCAAUUUCAGCUGGUUGAUUACUCUGCACUAUUUAAAUCAAACCCAAUAGAACGCAAUUUAGCUUGAAUUUGAUUUAUAUAAGUAAUAGGAACGCAGCAUUUUGCGUGUCUCAAACACACAGCAGGGUCAGCGUUUGAAUGGCGCAACUGGAUUGGUGUGGCGAAAACAUGCGCUCUAGUUACUUCAGCCUGUGAUAUUCAAGUGAGUUGGGUAAUAUUGUGUAAUCAACGGCACAAUAUACUUUUUCUUAGUGUUAUUACUAUCAUUAUCACAGCACUGUCAUGCAAAAGUUUGGACUCACUUCAGAAAAUCGUUUAGCGUUUUAUAUUUAUGAAUAAUUUUCGAAUGAUUUCUUUGAAUUAUCAUUUAUAUAUUCUAUCGAAAUAUUAGAAUAUGAACAUUGUGAAAAGUAAUACACCCAAACCUCCGUAUAUCUAAACAUUUUUUUACGUUACCUCUUUUUACGUAACUCUACUUCGUAAAAUGAGGUUUUUGCAUAUAAGGAAAAUCAUUUCCGGCUCAUUUACAUUCCAAGGAAAUUACUACAAUAUGGGUAUUUUCGGAAAGGGUUUGAUAAACGAUGUUUGAAGUGGUUCUGAAUUUCAAGAUGGCGACUUCCGGUUUAUUGAUAUUCCUUAAAAACCUUCACAAUAUGCGUAUUUGUUAUCGGGUUUGAUAAGUUCUCAUGGUCAAAUAUUCAUGCAUAAUUGUAAGCACACAACGCCUUCUGAUUUUUUUACGACCUAAGCUAUCUCACGUAAUUAAAAUUUGCGAUUAGAGAUACAACCAAUUUAUACAUUUCUAUCAGUGAUAUUACGCAUUGAAAAUGCUUUCACCAAUAGUUCCUUCAUUUUUUUUUUGCUCUCAAAUCCCAGCAACGCCUAACAUAGGAAAUAAAGCACCUGAAAUCUCUAUAAACGGUAAUUUAUCCCCAACCGCUGCGGUUGCACGUAGUGCGAACUUGAUUCCAGUCAGCCACAUUUGCUAUACACAUAGUUUCCAGGCACUUGCCACGUUUGUUUCUCCCGAAUAGCAGCCACUCUGUUGCACCUUUUUUUUCCCCCGUUUUCUCUUUUUGUGUGCAUUCAUCCGGGGAGGAGCUAGUUUGUGACUCAUUAGAGUAAUGAGAAGCUGAAAGUGUUUCAUUAUUUCGCCCGGCACACCAAACACCAGCAGAAAUAAGUCAUUAGGGUUCAACCGUUUGCGCCAUCCGGAGCAACCGACAGCCAGCCUCGUGAUUUCCAACCACGUCUGAAUAGUCUAUAGAGUUGUAGAAAGCUUAUCCAAUUUAGCGCCGCUUUUGCUGCUAUCAACUGCUACUAGUAGGUACUACUACUGCUGCAACUGCUUCUGCUGCAACUUCUCGGCAGAAUGGCAAAGAAAAGGAACUAGGUUAGCUGGUAAUUUUGUUUUGUGUUUCGUAGAAUAAUGGGAAAACUUGUACAGUAGGUAAGACACUGCAUUGUAAAAAGUUUCGCUCUGAUUCAUACUGACUCUAUUCGCACCUUGUUUGUAGAAUAUAUGGCAUCGAAAAUUUAUGUACAGAGUAGAAAAUAUGUUAAAAUAAUUAUUCGGUAAGAAAAAAAAAUCAACUAGCAUAUGAACGAACAUAUCCUUUGAUAACCUAUUCUAGCCUUCAUUUGAACUGCAAACACAAUCGAUUUGGUUCAACAGUUAAUGCUUCUUUCUCUAUAUCCUAACAAAACUCGCGCUGAAACAAAUUCUAAUGCUGAAAAAAAAAGACGGUAGCAAACAUGUACAAAUUGAACGACUUAAAUGAUGACACAUAAAACUUCUGAAAGGAGCACGAAUAGAAGCAUAUCGUAUUUUGUGGCAAACAAUUGAAUACCAUAUGAUUAAUCGAAGCUCUCACCUUUCCUCACCGAACGCUUUUUGUAGAGGGGGUGAAAGAGUACAGACAAGCAUUUUUUUUUCUACCGGAAAAUAAACGGACGCCAAUCUCGUUAGGAGCAAACUUCUAACACAAUUGAGUUAUGAGGAAUGUAAAACAAAAGAAAAAAAAACCCUAGCCCACACGCAACCAUACACAGAGAUUAUUCUAGAAUCACGAAACGUUAGUCAGUUAGCGAAACUGUUGCUCACAAAGAUGUACACUUAGAAAGCCAGAUUAACAAAUAGCAUUUGAAGCAAAACAAGCAAAUAAAUAAAACAAAAAACUGAAAAUAAAAAUGAAAACUGUUUGUAGUAUAGUGAGAAUAAUAAUAUGACAUGUGCAUGAGUGUAUCCAAAUUUAAGAAAAAAGCAACAAGAUGCAAAUGAAAGUGAUGAAGAACGGAUUGAUCAAAUGUGAUGACAGGUAUCUGACCUGAUGAGGAAUAAUGGAAGACACAAUAAAGAAACAGUAUUUUAAAUAAUUAUAUUACGAAAAA